CCAGUGUGUAUGUAUAAAUAUAUAGAUGUAUAUAUACAUACACUAGUCGCUUUGGCAUGCAAUUUCCAUUGGUUUAUGAAUGGAAAAGUACUCCGUUUUUUAUCUUUGUUAGGAAUGGGUUGCGAAGUGGUAUCCAAAAGAAGUUUCCUCCGUUCUUUGCCGUUAAAUCCCUCUAUUAAGGCCUAUUAAAUGCUUAUCACGAGGUUUAAAGCUUCAUUAUAAGUGAGUAUUCCUCUCUCUUAUAUACUUCAAUUUCUUAUAAAGCAUAGUAUCUUUCUGAUUGACGUGCUUGCUGAAAUUCAUUCUAUCCUCUUGCAUUUGCAAUUAUUGGCUUGGUUGGUACCAAAAUAAAAAUAAUAAAACAAAUAAAAUAACGUGAAAACUUAAAUUUUGAGACCAUUUUCGAGUACAAAUUACUCAUAUUUGCGUUUUUUUCCUUCUUUUCUGGUUUUUUGGGGUAAUACAUCAAGUAACAAUAACAUGCAUCAAAUUGUUUUGGGUAACAGAGUAUGUUCUGUUACAGUUUUUGUUUGUCUUCUGUGUGCUUCUACUUUACUAGUGACUUUUGAUCCUUAGCCCUUUGUAAUUAUUAAAGAAAACAAGGAGCAGAAGAAAGAGGUGACAAAAAAGAAGGAAAACUUGUAAAAUUUUUCAUGUAGUUGGAAAUUAUGAAUUUCUUGAUCACGUAUUAUGUCUUUAGCUCUUGACGGAAAGUGGUAUUUAAUUUCCCAAGCUGCUGUUUCAAAGUGGUAUAUGUUCUGAAGUUGUGUGGUGCCAGAAAUAGAAGAAAUCUCUUGGUCCACUAACUGUAAAGAUUGCUGCAUUGACCAUACAUAUCAGAAGUACACCUCAAGUUAUGGAUAAACGUGAGACAGCAGGCCGUAUCCCAAAAGAGACAGGAGCAGCAGAGAGGGUCACUUCGCCCAGAGAACACUCACGGAAAUGGAAAGGUUUAUGGUCAUGGAGUAAAGUAAAGGAAUUUCUUGACCCAAAGGGUCCAAACCCUUCAACAUGGAAUAACAUAUUCUUAUUUUCGUGUGUGAUUGCGGUUUCAAUUGAUCCACUCUUCUUCUACAUUCCCCUUAUAAAUGAGGAGAAGAAAUGCUUUGGAAUAGACAACAAGUUGAAAAAUGUAGCUCUUGUUUUGCGCUCUGUCACGGACGUCUCUUACAUAUUGCACAUCAUUUUUCAAAUUCGUGCUAGAUGUAUUGUUGAUGGCUCAGGGAUUUCCAAAAGAAAUGGAUGUGUUGCAAAUGUUUUGGAGAUAGUGAUAAUCCUACAAUUCUUUUUUAAAGUGAGAGGGACAAAAUAUUUGAAUACGAGGAAGUUUUUAAUCUUCAUUGUUCUCUCCCAAUAUGUCCCAAGAGUUCUAAGAAUCUACUUAUCUUGUGAGCAACUUAGGAGAAUUCCCAGCCAACUCAAUGAUAAUGUAUGGGCUAAAGGCGCUUUCAAUUUUUUCCUCUACAUCACUGCCAGUCAUGUACUGGGAGCCUUUUGGUACUUCUUGUCUAUUCAACGAAAGGAAACGUGCUGGGAGAAAGCCUGUGAAAAACAAAAUGGAUGUUUUGCAAGUACUUUUGACUGUAAGAGCAAAACUUCGGGGAAUAAGACAUUCCUGAAUGAACUUUGCCCUGUCAAUCCACCAAAUGCAACGGUUUUUGAUUUUGGAAUAUUUCUCCAUGCUCUUGAUUCCGGUAUGCUUGGAUCAAAAAAUUUUCCAAAAAAGUUCUUUCAGAGUUUCUGGUGGGGCCUACGAAAUCUGAGUUCUUUUGGUCAAAACCUCGAAACAAGUACCAACGUAUGGGAAACCUGCUUUGCAGCUCUUAUUUCCAUCAUGGGCUUGCUUCUCUUUUUAUAUCUUAUUGGAAACCUGCAGACAUAUCUGCAAUUGGCAACUAUAAGAUCGGGCGAGAUCAGACAGAAGAUGAAAAUGAAAGAGCCAGAAGUAGACUUGUGGAUAUCUAACCACGGCCUUGGUAAUAUAAAGCCGAAAAUCAUGCAACACAUACAAUACAUAUUGGAACGAGACAGAGACAUUCAUGACUCUGAUUUGGACCAUCUCUUCUCUUCUCUUCCCUUUGAUCAAAUAGAUCACAGAAAGGGCGUUCUCUGUAUGGAUGAGCUGAAAAGAACAUAUAGGAAGUUCGCUGCUACUAGAUCAGAGGAGAAAAAACAACAGCAGAUAAUGAAGGAACUAAAUGGACAACUCUGGAUAGAUAAAAAUGACAUUCCUAGCCAGCUGAAACCGAUUAUCAUGAUGCACGUACAAUGCAGAUUGCAGGACAACAAAGAUGUUCAUCUGGAAAACAUACUCUCAAUUCUUCCCUUGGAACAUAGGAAAUCUAUCAAGCUCCAUCUCGGCUUGCCUAUACUAAAGAAAGUGCCAGGACUUCAAAAUAUGGAUGACAGAGUGUUUGAAGUGAUAUGUGAGCAUCUGAAGCCGGUGGUGUACAGUGAGGGAAGCUACAUUUUUAGAGAGGGAGAACCACUUGAUUCGAUGGUUCUCGUUACACAGGGUGUUGUAUGGAACUUCAAAGCUAGCAUUAAUGGUGGAGUAGCUGAUUCCACGAGCGUCGGUUGUCUGAAGAAAGGUGAUUUCUAUGGAGAAGAACUUUUGGGUUUGAUAUUGAGAUUUGCUUCCUUUUCAAACAUUCCAAUCUCCACCAAAAAUGUCAAAUCCCAUACUAGAGUUGAAGCUUUAGCUCUUACAGCCGUUGAAUCCAAGCAUUUAGCCACCACAAACUGGUGGCUUUUCAGAAAGAAGCUCACCCACUCAACUGAAUCUGAGUUGCAACGGUUGGAGCCAUUAGCACUUUCCGCUGUAAAAGAAGUCCGCCGCCGCCUGAAAAGCAGAAAGCCGAAAGAAUCUCCAAGGUUCCCUGAUGGUAGUGGCAGCUCCCAAAGUAUUAGCACUGCUGUUUAGCCCUAUUAUCAUUUACCACACAUCUCUUGGUGAUUUAAAGUCACUUACGGGCCAAAUGUUGUUGAAAAAGGGUAGUUUGUUUAAGUCCUUUUUUUCGUAUAACUGUUGUGUUUGAACUGUGCACUUGUUUAAAAUAUAUGUUGUUCCUCUUAUUGGCUGUCCCUAA